AUGGAUGAUGCCACGAAAUCUAGUUUAAAAGCGAUUCCGCUUUGUAAAACAAAGGCUAGCCCGAGAGAUGGAGAUUUGUGGAUCGAAAGGCUGAAGGAAGAGUACGAGGCAAUUAUCGCUGCUGUUCAAAACAACAAAGAUUGCGAUCGGGAUUGGUUCCAACUGGAAUCCAAUGAACGAGGCACCAAAUGGUUCGGAAAAUGUUGGUACUUCCAUAACAUGGUCAAGUACGAGUUUGACGUUGAAUUCGAUAUUCCAAUCACGUACCCAGUCACGGCACCAGAAAUCGCUCUUCCUGAGUUAGAUGGAAAGACUGCAAAAAUGUACCGCGGUGGAAAAAUCUGUCUCUCGGAACAUUUCAAGCCUCUUUGGGCUCGCAAUACUCCAAAGUUCGGAAUCGCUCACGCUUUCGCUCUCGGAUUGGGACCAUGGAUGGCUGUUGAGAUUCCCGAUUUAAUUGAAAAAGGAUUAAUUCAACCAAAAGCCUGACCAUCUUUUUCUUUGAAAACUGAAUAAUUCAGUUAUUUUAUUAAUUACAAAAUAACUAUUGCAUUAUAAAUAUUUAAAUUAUU